AUGGCCGUGAAGACGAGGGGCAGGGGAUUUAAUAGUUCGAGGAGGUGCGAUGGGUGCAGGUUAUGGUUGAACUCAGAAGCGUUGUCCCUGUGUGUGAUCUCAUGCUUAUAUGGUUGUCUGUCUCUCCUUCUCUGCCCCAGGUCCCUUGGGAGAAACUCCUUGAGGUGCCCAGGCUGAGACUGGGGGGUAAUGACACUGUGAGCUCUAGAUGGUGUGAGACCCCUCCCCACCCCCAGAGCCGAACAAUGGCUACAGCCUUGGAACCAGAGGACCAGGAUCUUUGGGAAGAAGAGGGAAUCCUGAUGGUGAAAUUGGAAGAUGAUUUCACCUGUAGGCCGGAGUCUGUCUUACAGAGAGAUGACCCUGUGCUUGAGACCUCACACCAGAACUUCCGGCGCUUCCGCUACCAGGAAGCAGCAAGCCCUCGAGAAGCUCUCAUUCGGCUGCGAGAACUUUGUCAUCAGUGGCUGAGGCCGGAAAGGCGGACGAAGGAGCAGAUCUUAGAGCUGCUUGUGCUGGAACAGUUCCUUACCGUCCUGCCCGGAGAACUACAGAGCUGGGUGCGGGGCCAGCGGCCAGAGAGUGGCGAGGAGGCCGUGACGCUGGUGGAGGGUUUGCAGAAACAACCCAGGAGACCAAGGCGGUGGGUGACUGUCCAUGUUCAUGGGCAGGAAGUCCUGUCAGAGGAGACGGUGCAUCCAGGAGCAGAGCCCGAAUCACCUAACGAGCUGCAGAACGCUGUGCAGACCUCAACUCCUGAGGAGUCCCACGAGGAGACCACGCAGAGCCCAGACCUGGGGCCACCAGAAGAGCCGAGCGUGUGCCACGAACUGGAGUUUCAGCCCCUGCAGCAGAGCGAGGUUCCGGUGCCGCAGGGCCCAGACCGUCCUGAAGAGAGGAGCCCUGGAAACCCAGAGAUGGUUGCCUUUCUUACUGCUCUCUCACAGGGAUUGGUAACUUUCAAGGACGUGGCUGUGUGCUUCUCCCAGGACCAGUGGAGCGAUAUGGAUCCAACACAGAAAGAGUUCUAUGGAGAAUAUGUCUUGGAGGAAGACUGUGGAAUUGUGGUCUCUUUGUCGUUUCCAAUCCCCAGACUAGAUGAGAUCUCCCACGUUAGAGAGGAAGAGCCUUUGGUCCCAGAUAUCCCAGAGCCUCAAGAGCCUCAAGAGCCAGAAAUCCUGAGUUUUACCUACACAGGAGACAGGAGUGAAGACGAAGAAGAGUACCUUGAGCAAGAAGAUGUAAGUUUGGAGGAUAUACACAGAUCUAUUUUGGGAGAUCCAGAAAUCCACCAGACUCCAGACUGGGAAAUAGUCUUUGAGGAUGAUCCAAGUAGACCUAACGAGAGAAGCUUUGGUACAAAUACUUCUCAAGUCAAUAGUUUAUCGAAUCUUCGGGAAACCAUGCCUAUCUGCCCCCUGUUAGGGAGACACCACGACUGCCCUGUAUGUGGAAAAAGUUUCACUUGCAACUCCCACCUUGUUAGACACCUGAGAACUCACACGGGAGAGAAACCAUAUAAGUGUAUGGAGUGUGGGAAAAGUUACACGCGGAGCUCACAUCUUGCCAGGCACCAGAAGGUUCACAAAAUGGGCACUGCUUAUAAAUUUCCCCUAAACCGGAAGAAUUUGGAUGAGACCUCCCCUCUGGUCCAGCCUGAGAGAACUCCUCCCGUUGAGAAACCCUUUAGAUGUGACGAUUGUGGAAAACACUUCCGCUGGACUUCGGACCUUGUCCGGCAUCAGAGGACACACACGGGGGAAAAACCCUUCUUCUGUACUAUUUGUGGCAAGAGCUUCAGCCAGAAAUCUGUGCUGACGACACACCAAAGAAUCCACCUUGGGGGCAAACCCUACCUGUGUGGAGAGUGUGGAGAGGACUUCAGUGACCACAGGCGGUACCUGGCGCACCGGAAGACGCACGCGGCAGAGGAGCUCUACCUCUGUAGCGAGUGCGGGCGGUGCUUCAACCACAGCGCCGCGUUCGCCAAGCACCUCAGGGGACACGCCUCGGUGAGGCCCUGCCGGUGCAACGAAUGUGGGAAAAGCUUCAGUCGGAGGGACCACCUCGUCCGGCAUCAAAGAACACACACUGGCGAGAAACCAUUCACGUGCUCUACCUGUGGAAAGAGCUUCAGCAGGGGCUAUCACUUAAUCAGGCAUCAGAGGACCCACUCAGAAAAGACCUCCUAG